GAUUUAGCGCUGCUCCAUGUAGCUGUCCAUUUACAAUUUAUUUGUAGCAUGUUGAAGAAGUUUAGCGCCGUAAAAUGCGAUUGGAAACCUGCAUCAGACAUGGAGCUCUAAAGAUCAGAGGUAUUUUGACGAUGACAGGCUGUGUGUAGUUUCUUGUAGGUUGAACAAGACAAGAUGACCAGGUCUGAAGUUGAACACAAAUCUCGGCGUGUCCUCGCUAAGUCUUGUUUUGCUUCCGUUUGUUUUAUUCUGGUUGUAGCAUUCUCAUUGACACGGACAUUCAACAUCAACUCGGAAACGAGGCAAUCUGCUCCCAAGCCAGAUGUUCCAAGAACAGAUAAAGUUUUGCAUAAAAAUCUUAAAGUGAACACGUUUGCUUUCCAAGCUUCCGAUGGACAUAUUCAAGAUACUGGUAUCGAAGAAGUUAGCUUGUCACAAAUUUCAUAUGGUAGACGACUUGCUUGGUUACAAAAUGAAAGCAAACCUCUGUUAAAAAGGGAGAAUUUUGAUGUGAGAGGAGCAGACAAUGUGGAGUGUGAAGCUGUACAUCAUCUGAACAGCUCUCAGAUCUGCGUAUUUGUCACAGAAACUCCAAGCUGUCAAAAUGACCAAGGAUUCGUCUCCUACACAAAUGUCCUGUACUGUCACUUUGCUGGAAAUCUGCUUCCUCUUGGGGUUACGUUGUUGUUUUUCUGGUGGCUGUUCCUGUUUGUCGGGCUGGCAGUCACAGCAGAUGACUUUUUUUGCCCAUCGUUGAAGGUGAUCUCAAAGACCCUCAGGCUGAGUGAUAACGUGGCUGGAGUGACUUUUUUGGCUUUUGGAAAUGGUGCACCUGACAUCUUCUCCUCCAUCGCUGCCAUUGGAAACUCAAAGAAUGGAGAUGCUGGCUUGGCAUUUGGAGCUCUAUUUGGUGCUGGUGUCUUUGUCACGUCUGCUGUUGCCGGGACGAUUGCAAUCAUCUGCCCAUUUGAUGCCAUGCAGAGGCCAUUUCUACGGGAUGUGAUUUUCUACUUGGUAGCUGUCUUCUGGGCUUUUGAAAUUUUGUGGGACAAAGUUAUUCAGCAGUAUGAGGCUAUAGGUUUCAUUGUGUUGUACGUUGUGUAUGUCAUCGUGGUGAUUGUUGGACGCUAUGUUUACCAGAGACACAAACGUUUUGUGCGUGAAGGACUGAGCACUACUCACACAACGAUUCAGGAAGAUUUAGGCAACCACGACCCCUACCAAACAUCCGUGGAGGUGCAUAGCGGAGAAGACGAACUCAAAGCUCCUAUAACAGGUAGUGCAUCAUUUUUCUCCAGCCAGGGUCGAAUCAAGUGUCGAGGCGAUGGUCAGUGUGAAGGUCAGGACGAUGAGGACGGCAGAGACAAAGAGCGUGAGCCCUUGCUGGGAAAUGUUCAUGUGAGAGACAGUCCAAAUGCCUGCAUGGAGUUUCUCAAUGCCAUCAAGCCUAUUGACACCCAAGGGUGGAAAGAGAAAAGAUUUUAUGGCAAAAUCUUUGAGGUCUUUAAGUGCCCUAUCCAAUUCCUCCUGCUUCUCACCAUCCCGGUCGUGGAUGAAUCUGCGGACAGGCAGAACUGGUGUCGCUAUUUACAGGCUUUCCAACUUAUCUCGGGUCCCGUCUUUUCUUGCAUAGCAACCAAAGUUGGUUUUAAGGUGUUGUUUGGAGUUUUACCUGUGUGGGCACUGGUGCUGGCUCUAGGGGUGCUGCUGGCUGUACUCAUCCUGUGUACCUCUACAAACUCUGCUCAGCCCGUCUAUCAGCCAGUAUUUGGUUUUAUUGGGUUUAUUGUGGCUGUUGCCUGGAUCUACUGUAUAGCAAAUGAAGUGGUGAACAUCUUACAGACAUUUGGAAUUGUGUUUGACAUCAGUGAUGCAGUCCUUGGCCUCACCCUGCUAGCCUGGGGGAACAGUGUUGGGGAUUUCAUUGCUGAUACAACGAUGGCCCGUCAGGGCUACCCACGGAUGGGAAUAUCCGCAUGUUUUGGAGGACCCAUGUUCAAUCUUUUACUUGGUAUAGGGAUUCCUUUCACAAUUCAGAUUAUAGAACAUGGCGGCAGUUUUAAGCUACAAGUCACCUUGGAGGAGUACAUAUUGGCAGGAUUUCUUGCCCUCUCUCUGAUUAUCUCCCUUAUCGUGGUCACGUGCUCCAGAUUCCGAAUGUCUCGACUGUAUGGAAUUAUUCUGUGGAUAUUGUACAUCAUUUUCCUGGUGGUUGCCAUAUUAACUGAAACCGGGUUCAUCCAUGCUGAAGUUUAAAGGUCAAAGGGUAUAGGUGAUUUCAAGGUCAAUGGGGAUAGGGUUUUCAUGCUGCAGUUUAUAUUUCAAAGGGUAGGUGUCGUUUCCAGGUUAAAAGGGUAAAGUCAUCAUGUUGAAGUAAAGUUGGUUGAAGGCCAAAAACAUCAGGUCAUUUCGCGUGUACCUUAUGUAGACAUCCAAGAAUUUAAAAUGAGCGUUUGAUACAGCUGCAAAUUUUUGAAGGUUAUGAGAAUGUACAUUUGGGGUGGGCAAAGUCGUUUAGUUAAAGACACAUCCAUACGAUGCAACUGAGUCGUCAAAUUUGACUUGUCAAAAGAAAAUAGUACGAUAAGUCUUUUACUUUCAUGUACUUUUGUAUGAUUUGCCGAAUGAACAAAUCAUAUCGUGUGAAUGCGGUGCGUGAAAUGGCGCAUGUUCUGUGUCCACGAGUCCAUUGCACGAAUACAUGUAGCUCCAUGUGAUCGUAACUUCAACUGUGUAAAUUUCACAAUAUUGUGAAUAUUGCAUAAAACUUGUAUACGAGUAGAUCUCUUUUCUUUUUAUGAUACUGAUGUAACACAAAUGUGUGAAAGCCAUGGAAAAAUAAUGGUUUCCUGGUGCAUAUGGCCAGAUCUAAUAUAUGUUUUGUUUUAAGAGUCGCAUUACUCUGAAGACAAAACUAGAAGAGUGAUCAAGUUUAUUGUCUUUCAGUUUACAGAGGCCUCCAUAGCUUAGUGGUUAGCCUGCUAAAGCAACACAAUGACCCAGGAACCUCUAAGCAAUUCACUUGCUGGCUUCCACACUGGUCGAACAGCAACCUGCGGAUGGUCGUGGGAUUCCCCCUUUCUCGGCCCGGAUCCCAGCCACUGUAUUGAGGGUCGCCGUCAGAUAAUUGGAACACUCUUGAGUAUGGAGUAAGACACUAGAUAAAUAAAUAAAUGAAAAAUAAAUAAUAGACAUAUUUGACAACGAGCAGUAGCGUAUACAGUGACAUCUUGCCAUACAUUUAUAUCUAAAUAAACUGUGCAAUUAUGCAAAUACAUGAAACUGCUUGUAUGAACUUUGAGGUGUUCGUUCGAUCCCAGAUUCUUUUCCACUCCAUUGCCUCCUUUUCUUGAGCAUGGUGUAAAACGCCAACGAAAAGAAAAUCAAAAACUCAUUUGCCUUCCGUCCAUGAGGCAUACAUGCGUAUGCCACAUGGGGGCAAAGUUUGUCAUUUGCUUGCCCCAAAAAUUCUGAGGUGUUAAACACCAAUUAAAAAAGAAAAACAAAUGAAACCAAAGAAUGUUAUGAGUUUCAAUACCAUUUUAUGUUCUGAAAAAUGCUUCAAAUUGCACUGUUUAUUUGAUGUUUGAAAACAGAAAGUACGACAUAGCAACACAUGGUGUUGUCGCAAAAAUGUUGACAUCCUGACAUCUUUCCAAAGUGUGUUUAGCUGUUAAAAAGCAGCUAUAUUUCUAACAUGUUACAUAAUUAUGAGAACAUCAAAAAAUUUAUUAUUGAUAGAUGUACAUUUAGUUUUUAGGAAAACUUUUCCUUGUUUUCUAGCAACAAAUCACGUGUCUCAAAUUUCGCACUGACAAAUCAGAAAACUUGUUGGUAAUGUUUUAUAUUUAGAGAUACCUAUACUUGUUAUCUGUGUAUUUUUGAACAUACGAGAAAAAUUGUUUGUUGUUGUUGGCAUAGUAUUUAAUAUCAUAUAUGUGUUAAGUGUGUUAAGAAUACAUGUAUUGGAUACAGUGACGGACACUCUCUGGAGUCCGUUGUGUAAUCAUGUCACUAUUCCGUUUACAUGUAUCUGCUAGUUUGUCUUCAGGCUAGAGUUCUGAAGGCUCGGUGAUUCUUCCUUGAAUACUGGAAGCCUGCUACAACUGAGCUAGUGGUUAGAUAGUUCCUCGUCACCUGGCCUGUAAGAUCUGGGCUGUGGAAUUACAGUAUUUUGAUUCCAAGUAUCGUAAUAUAACAGCAUUUUUUCCCUAGUAGCGUAAUAUAGAAGCAUUCUUGUCCCUAGUAACGUAAUAUAGCAGCAGUCUUGUUCCUUGUAUCGUAAUAUAGCAGCAUUUUAUCUCUAGUAGGCCUGUUGUAAUAUAACAGCAUCGUUGUCCAUAGUAUCUUAAUAUAACAGCAUUCCUGUCAGUAGUAUCGUAAUAUAACAGCAUUCUUGUUCUUAGUAUCGUAAUAUAACUGCAUUUUUGUUCUUAGUAUUGUAAUAUAAUAGCAAUCCUGUCACUAGUAUCGUAAUAUAACAGCAUUCUUGUUCUUAGUAUCGUAACAUAAUAGCAUUCUUGUCUCUGGUAUCGUAAUAUAACGGCAUCCUUGUUCCUAGUAUCGUAAUACAACAACAAGAACCCCAAUAAUACGAUAGUGCAAAAUUACGAAAAUACAUGUGACUUUAUAAAUUUCCCCCUUGAGGUUUGCUUUUUAAUGAAUCGAUUAAAGGUAAAAUUCAUAGGGGAUGAAUUUAUAAAAAAAAUGUAUGCUCGUUUGUAUUUCAUAUUUGUGUACAUUUUAUACUGGAAUAUUACAUUAGUCCCGUGAUUCUGCUAUACAACUCUUUCAGGCCAAGUGACCAGAGAAACCUUAUUGUGAUUUGCAUACAUAUAUGUGUAUUUUUUGGAUUAUUUCAACUUCUCCCCACAUUUCCCCCCCUGUUUGUUUGGCUUUAAGUUCGUUAGCAGAUGUGUUGCCCCCACGGCACAGGUUAGUUUUCAAAUCGGUAUUUUUGUGAAAAUAUUUAUUUGUUGGUUUUGCAAGAACAAAAAUAUUGUUGUUUGGUGUAUUUAAUAUUCAUAGCCGCUGUAUGGCAGAAAUUAUCGGCGUGGAGCCAGAAAUCAUUCAUGCUGUGAUAUAGGCCUGCAUGAGUUGGUGUAGUUAUGAACAAAUUAUUCGGUUUUUGAUCACAUGAGGUAAGAUGAGGUUGGUAAUUCCAUCCAAGCCGGUGUAUGCAUGUAUAAGAGCUGGUGAUGUCUCAAUAGAGGGAAAAGGUUUCCUUGUAUAUAACGCUGACUUAACCACCAUAAGUGUAGCGCACGUGGGUAACAUUUGUUGUCGAAAAUCAGGUUUUGAGAUCCCGGUGUAAAAUGAUCCGGAAUAUGUUUUACCCCCACACGAGCAACAUUACUUGUCCAUUUUUGAAGAUUCCAUCGGCGAAGCACGGUCACAUGAUACAUUCAAGGUCAUGUGACCCCAAAAAGUUGCCACACCUUCCAUUUCGUAUGCACUCACAUGACAUUUUCAUAGACACUGAUGAGUUGAUGUAGACGAGAACGAUCUCACAAGAUCCAGAUUGCCCGCAGGCGAGAGAAAUUGGCGAAAGCCUGGCUCAUUCGUUUCUGGAUUUCUGUUGCCCAAAAUUAAACAAGCUGAACCCGUGGAUCACGCGUUCCAGGCUCAGGAAUUCUUGCUGUGGUUACCCGCUCACAAGUAUAAUUCGAAAAUUUUUUUGUUGUCUGGAUCAAGAAAUCUCGUUUUUGACAACAAAUGUUGCUCGUGUGCGCUGGGCUUUAUGACGCACUUUGUUUAUCUGACAAUUUAAUAAGGAUUUUACAAAAAUGUUAACAUCUAUGACAUUUAUACAUUUGUUAAUCAGUAUGAACUCUCUUGUUUUUGUUCAUUGUUAGAUACAGCAAAAGAUUGAAUAGAUUGUGUUUCAUGUAAGCCUACACAAAGGUUAAGAGUUGUUGAAAAGUUGCUACUUUCCCAUUAUUGAUACAUUCCGGUGUGGUUCCAUCUAAUGUGCAUAUAUACCUUGCACUGACAUUAGUUACAUGUGCAUGGUUUACUGUACAAGUAUACGCAACUCCUUUUGGACGUCUCUACAUAUGUUUGUUUCACCCAAACAUUUAAAACAGUUUUGUGUUUCUGUUUUUAAGGUCGAAUCGGACCGAUGAAUGUACAUAAUUAUAUUCAUUCAUUUUCGUUAUUUUCCAGAUGAGAUACUCUUUGAGAACAACUAUCUUUUAACAACAAGCAUGGCUAAAGGUGUUAAUUUUUCCAGUGCGGUAUACAUUUGCUUUCCUAUAUAUAUAUACAUUUGUUGUGUAUAUAAUAAUUUUUGAUGUUAUUGUAUGUGUAAUAGUUAUUGUUAUAUACUGUUUAAUUCUGACGGUUAUUCACGAUUAUGUGCAAUAUUUACUUCUUCCCUUUUGUACUCACAAAUGUAUUGAGAGCCCAGUGAACUGUAAUAGGAUUUCCGGUUGAAGUAGGUGGAUGGUUUAUAUUUGUUCAAAGGUCAUAUGUAUCUGCAACAGGAUUUCCGUUUGAGUUAUAUGUUUUAUGUGUUUAUAAAGUUGAAUGUUAAUUCAGAUGUUUUUAACGGUAUAUUAUAUUAUAUAUAUUGUAUAACGUAUAUUUUUCUCCGA